GUGUUGAAAUGAGUCUCACUGAAAAAUGCAGAAAGAGUGUGAGAGGCUGACACAGGAAUAUGAGAGAAGGAGAAUAGCUUGAAGAGUUCGGGCUGUUUAUUCAGAAAAGGAAGUACCUUCACCCUCAACCCCUGGCGGAAUUACACCUGUAGGGGUUCUGCAUGUAUUGCCUUUAAUCAGAAUGCAGUGAGGAACCCCCUCCUACACAAACACCAUGUUGUGAGGUUAUAAUGGCAUCUGUACUGGUCAAUGGGACACGGCGGGGCCAGACUGUGGUCCUGAAGGGUGUGGACCCUGAGACAUGCAUGAUUGUCUUCAAGAACCACUGGGCUCAGGUGGUGAAGAUCUUGGAGAAGCAUGACCCCUUACGGAGUGGUCUAGGGACUGGAGGCCCUGGUCUGGGGAUCGGAGGUCAUGGAGGCCCUCGUUUGGGUGCAGUUCCCAGUGAUGAGGCGAGCGCAGUGCAAAACUAUGUGGAACACAUGCUGUUCCUGCUGAUUGAGGAGGAGAGUGGCCAGAACGGAGCAAUGGGGCCCAUCCUGGAGUUUGUAGUGAUGGAGAAUGUGAUGGAGAGGCUUUUUGUCUGGAGCCUCAGGAGAGAGUUCACGGAUGACAUGAAGCUAGACCAGCUGAAGAUGUAUGAGAUGCUGAUUGCUCAGGCCAGGCAGCCGCUGCUGCACCACAAACCCAUCCUACGGCCAUUGAUGAUGCUGCUGUCAUCUUGCUCUGGCUCAGCUGGCACAGUGCCCUGCACACCUGGCACAGCAGGCAGUGUGGAGACUGAGCUGGUUCUGCUCCUGAACCAGCUGUGCUGCGUCCUGUCCAAAGAUCCCUCAGUCCUGGAACUGUUCUUCCACACCAGUGAGGAUCAGGGGGCUGCUAACUUCCUCAUCUUCUCUCUGCUGAUCCCCUUCAUCCACAGAGAGGGCGCUGUGGGGCAGCAGGCCAGAGAUGCCCUGCUCCUCAUCAUGGCACUGUCUGCUGAAAACCAUGUGGUGGCCAAACAUAUCUCUGAGAAUACUUACUUCUGUCCGGUAAGUAUAGCUACAGGUCUGAGUGGUCUGUACUCAUCUUUGCCCACUAAGCUGGAGGUGCCCAAUGAAGACUGGCACUGUCUUGAACAUGAGGGAUGGCAGCAGGUGCCUGCUCUCAUCCAAUUCCUCAACUCGCUUGAAUUCUGUAAUGCCGUCAUGCAGGUGGCUCAUCCGUCCAUUAGAGAUCAGCUGGUUGGUUACAUCUGCAAUGGUUUUUUGGUGCCUGUUUUAGCACCAGCACUGCAUAAACUCACUGUAGAGGAAGUGAUGACCACGACAGCAUAUCUGGACCUCUUCUUGCGGAGUGUGACCGAACCUGCCUUGCUGCACACCUUCCUCAGCUUCAUCCUCCUCCAUCGUUAUGACAAUGUGCACAUCCUGGACACACUGGUCAGCCGCAUCAACACACCUUUCCAGUUGGGAACAGUCUCUUUGGGUCUUUUUCACACUUUGAUCAGCCUUUACUGUGAGGAUGUCAUGCUGCAGCUCAUACUAAAGUAUCUGAUCCCCUGUAAUCACAUGAUGCGGAGUCAGCGGCAGGUGCUGAAAGAGAGAGAUUGUUACUCUGUCUCGGCCACUAAAAUCCUGACCCUCACCCCGUCCUGCUGCUCUCCAGAGAUUGUCCCUCCACCUCUCAGACAACUGGACUCUAUUCUGUGGUCGAAGGGCACCAAUGGACCCCACUCAGGAACGAUGGAAACCAAGCAGUCAUUGUCAGAAGAAGAUGACUGCGGCCACACUUGUGUGAUUGGCUCAGAGAUUUACCUGGAUGUCAGUUACCUGCACUAUCUGUAUGAUGCCCGAAAUGGCAUCAGCAGCUGCAUGCGGGCAUGUCAGGUUUGGUCCGCCCCUUAUGAUGGUGAAAACCCGCCUCCGGAUGAGUACCAGCCAAGUACGCUGGAGGAAGGGAGUCGGGUAUGUACCUCCACUGCCACCCAGAGGGCAUCAAAACGCCCACAAGAUCUGUCUCGGGUGAACCCACAGACCCUUAAUGACCUCAAUAAUGCCAAUGUACUGGAACUGGAGUGGGACGAUAGCUAUGAUGCGUGUCCUGCACAAGCACAGCUGGAAGAAGAACAAGUAAUUCCUGCUGUGAUCCUGGAGGAGCCCCCAAAACACAUCCAGGAAUUGCGGAGGACGGCAAUCAUGAUUGUUAAGGGCUCCUACAUUGAGGAGUCAGAUUUCCAAAAUGAUGUUAUGGUCUACAAUCUGGUGGCCCAAAAGGAUGCUCAGGACUCUGCUAAAGUUAAAUUCAAUCAUGCUAACACCCAACCAGCUGUAGAAACGCCAGGAAAACCAUUAAGUAAUCCCAGUACUCAGAAUUCUGAGUCUGGUUCUCCUAACAAGAAACCUCAAAUGUGUAAUGGUUUAAGCAUCUCCAAGAUAUCGACAGACAAGGAGAACCACUCCAAAGAGAAAGAUGGGUUCCAGGUGAUGGCCAGGUGUCCAGAAGGAGAUGACCUAGUUACUCAGUAUGAGGAUCUAAUUCAGACUCUGGUGGUAGAAGCAGCCAGUCCAACAAAAUCAGACAAAGAUUUGAGGAGUCCAGUAGUGGCGAAGGAGGAAGAAGAGGAUGAAGUAGACUUCAGCUUGUUCUCAGCAGAAACGCCAGAAGCAGAGAAAACUCCCUUGCCGUUUGGGAACAAACCUCGCAUUGGCAGCAGGAACCACACCAUACCUUUUACAGGUCCAUUUGUGAGCGUGUUGCUCUCUCGGUUGGAGAACAUGCUGGAUAACUCUCUCCAUGUGAACCUGUUGCUAACAGGUAUUCUGGCACAACUAGCUGCAUAUCCUCAGCCCCUGCUGCGGUCUUUCCUGCUCAACACCAACAUGGUCUUCCAGCCCAGCGUCCGUUCGCUGUACCAGGUGCUUGCCUCUCUGAAGAACCAGAUAGAACAGCUGGCAGCCACAAGGAAGGACUUCCCCGAGCUCCUUACAGCUGCACAGCAGUGCCUACUAGCCAGAGAGAGUUCACUCAGAGAUUUGCUUCCAGGCUCCAACAGCCCUCACAAUACGGAAGGUUUCUCUAGUUCUGCUGCAGGCAGGACCCGGAAGAACCCACCUGUCCAGCCCAAGAUUGUGGUCCCUCCUAACCGGACAGAGGUGUACGCUACAGUCAUUUUCACAGAGUUCCUUAAAGAGCUAGCAGCUAUUGCACAGGAACACUCAAUUCUUUCCCACCAUACCAUGGAGGAGUAGAGCUGCUAUUAGUUCACUGUCAUUUUUAAUUCUUAAAUCUGACUUUUUUCUUUAUCUUAAACCCUCAGUACUACUAGAUGAAGAUACCUCUUAAACCCAUUGCUGUUCUGUUUUUUAUGUUUUUAGACACGGAAAUUCUGUUUUUUAUGUUUUCAGACACGGUCAAUUUUUAAGCUUUAUCAGCUUUCAUAAUCAACUCUUAUUUUUCACCAGCCUUGCUGGUAUGGAGUUUCGCAUCACAGUGAAAGAGACACGUUGGCCCACAUUGGCUGGAAACACAGUACUGCUCAACAGUACUGAAAUUCCAGCUCCAGGCAAAAACCAAAGACUGAAAGAUGAGAAGUUUCAGGUUGGUAGCGGUGGUUCAAAACACAGCAGAUGAUACGAUUGUAGCGUCCAGCCAGUUUAAAUAUACACAGCUCAUGCCUUUUGUAUCCUCAUUCGGCCUUAAUACAGAAAGUAGUGCCUUCUUUCUCUCAUCUACAGUGCUGCAGAUAUUUACUGGUUCACUUGACCAUUUCUGAAGUCAAUAAGAUGAGAUAAUACCACACAGAGGAAGCAGUGGGAGGUAGCACUGCCAAUUACCAUUUCACUCAUUAACAGUGAACAAACCUCUAAAUUUAUGUCAUAUAAUACCGUUGGGAAAUGUUUUGAAUAUAUCUGUUAUCUUGUGGUUAAGAGAAAUUUUCCAAAAUUGAUACAUUUCACUGUAUGUACAUUUUCCCCCUGAAUGUCUCUGGAUUAUUUGUAUUAUGAGGUCAUUAAGUAGUCAAAAUAUGAAUAAUGCUACAGGCAUGCUACUAGCAAGUAGUGAAUAUUCAAUUAACCAUUUGAGGUGCCAGUAUUCAAAUACUGAAAUCACUGUGGGUAUUCAUUCUGUUUUGUCACAUAAAGACAGAGAAACUAUACAGAAAUGCUGAUUUUAUGUUUUAACAGAAUAUAAUGUGAAAGUUUUGCACGUAUUUGCAAGUAAGUAUGUCAUACCUGCAACUCCAAAACACGACAUCCUGAGCUUGAGUGUGUUUCCAGGGAUGUGACCGGGAAGGUAGAAACAGCACAGCCUUUAUUGCUAAAUAGUUGUUAAAUAAUGUUGUUAGUUACAGAAACAGUGAACACAUAUUCCUCUGACAAGCUAACAUGCAGACUUGUUCAUUCAGGAGAAAGGUCCACCUGUAGAAGGUGACAAGUAUGAAUCAGUAUUUAGUGGUAGCAAUUAUUUGUAUUGUUUUUACUCAUUAACUGUUCUGAAGUGGCAGUCUCCAUUAUGCUACUCAUCUGACACGCAAUCCUAUGUUUCUCUCAUCUAUUUUUGAAUAAUAAAACGUGUUUAAAUUUAAAUUUUAGCUAAAAUCUUUUUUUUCUCUUCUCUUCAGUUAUUUUGAUUUCCCUAAUAAACUCUUACUUGAAUAUCAAAGUCAGUCAGAAUGCACAUCCCUAAACAAACUGCAGCGUACCACACUGGUAGUUUAGCAUGGGGGUUUAUUUGUGGUAUUUUAGUGAGGUUGCAUGUCGAGUGUUAGCUUUCAUUUUGCCUUAUUUUUUUAGAUUAUUGAUUGCUAAACAACCAGAGACAUUUGGAGGAAAAAUGUACACAGAAUACAUUUUUAACAAAAGUUUUGUCAGCACAGAGCAUAACAGCAAAUGCCAUUCAUUUUCCCAGAGAAAAACUGCUUAGACCCAGAGUUCCUUUGCUGACUGUAAAAUGACAACAGAGGCCAGUUAGCAUGGUUUGAACUAGCAGUGACAAAAUCAUGCUAAUGUGUCAAUAUUAAUGGUAAUAAGAGGCACUAACAAGUCUGUAGACAGAGACGGAUCAGUUGUACAAUCUAACACCAUCACAUUGCCAUUAGUCAACUAAUGCAAUACAACAAACUCUCAUCACUCUUAUUUAAGCCUUUCUGAGUACCUUAUAUGGGAAUGUUGUUUGUUUUAGGAAAUUAUUUGAACUUAGCACAGUAGUACUAAUCAUUAGUUGGGCUUAUUUUUUCAAUGGGGGAGGGUAUUUAAACGGUUUUCUAGAAAGAUUAUAUUGCCAUAUUUUUUCAGAGUACUUGUACUUAAGAAUUCUCUUGAGUAUUUCUUGUCUUUUUAGCUAUGACUUUUAGGGAUAUAGCACAUGGUGUUAGGCUCAGGAGAAACAGCAGGCAGGAGAAAGAACAGCAUAUUCAGUUUGUGGUAAAUUUGUAUAUUAAUGGUGUGAAGUCUUAGAGCAGAUUAUUGUAAUGUGCAAUACAAUUAGCACAUCAUUAGACCUGUUGUAGAAGGAUAUUGGUAUUGAGGAUAUAUGGAGUUGACCUGUCCACAAAUGCAUUCAUAGCUUCUGUUGUGAGAGUAGGCAAAAAUCCUGUUCAGUCUAACAAAGAGCUCAGUUUAUGAAAAUACUGUACGUUCAUUUAGAGUGUGCAGUUCAUUUCAAAUGAUAUUGAGUUUCUAUGUGUGUGAAGGAUCACAAUGUUAGGAUCAACCUACUGGAUAUGACAGGUUAUUUUUGUUGAGAAUCAGAGGUACUAUAAAACAGCAAAAGUGCUCUUUACUGUCACUGAGAAUGCCUUGAUUUUAGUCGACACUUUUUCAAAAGUAAUCAUAUUUGACACAGAAUAAAGAUUUUAAAUCCAAGCGUGUCAAGGGUAAAAUGUACAGCUUAUGGAAUACUUUAUCUAGAAUGCUAAAAAUGCACGAAAUCUGGUAGGGGCAGUUAGCGAUGUGCUAAUUUGUCCUACAUCUCAUCAUUUAGACUAAAUUUAGAUGAAGCAUUACCACAAAUAUUUAAUGUAUUUCCUCAUUCAUACCAAACACUGACCAGCCUUCAGAGAUCAAGCCACACUGUAUAUGUUUAAUCCAAAGAUAUUUAUAUGGGUUUUUAAAAAAUAUCAGGUGUAUUUUUACAGGACAAGAAUAAGGACAGUUCUGCAGAAAUAACUAACAGUAACAUGCAGACACAGCAUUUUCUGUAUGUGUUUUGGGAGCAAAAAUAAAUAAAGGACCACCUAUUGAGAUGUAUUUGUUUAAUCUGUAAAAAUGACCUUUAAGGUGAUCUGAUUGAAUGUGCUAAGAAGCCCUGCUGUAAGUUCAGUUAAUGCUGCGUUUGAUGAAUUCUUUAUUCGCCCUUUUGAAUAAAGACUUCUUGUCCUCUUUUUUUUCUUGUG